AUGCCUACUAAAUCUCCAUUUGAGGUGUCUGAUGAUGAUGAUGAUCCCUUCAGCGAUAGAAACUAUACGCGAUUAAUAAAGCAGACAGAUUCUUAUAGGCAAACUUCAGCCUCUCAAAAUCCUUUUGACGUGGAGGAAAGAUCUUCUCGAGGCAUUCCCCUUCGAGACUAUCCUCCGAUUCCCGAUUCCCGCCACAUUCCCAAGGUUUCUGCAUUUACCACUGAAACAGAGCUAGCACCAACUCCCGAUACGCCCACGCGGAAGACCGUUUUAUAUCAAAUUCUCUUUGGCGGUCGUCUGAAGGGUUGGCCGUAUUUCACCAUAUUCGUUACUGUUAUCGACCUUUCAGUCUUUCUUUACGAACUUAUCAAAAUGGGCAUAUACACAAAGACUAUCUUUCAAACAAAGCCUUACUUCAAUCCAAUGCUUGGUCCUUCAUCUUAUGUCCAGAUCAAUUGUGGAGCAAGAUAUUUACCUUGUAUGACAAGCAUCGAGAGCGUUCUUGAUGCCAGCUCGGUCAAGUGGCCGUGCCCAAACUCGACAUCUUCUUCAACAGACGUCUGCAGUCUCUCCGAGUUAUGUGGAAUGGGUGGAUUCUCCGAUAGCGUCGAUACUCCGCAUCAAUGGUGGAGACUGUUCACCUGUAUUUUUAUUCAUGCAGGGUUCUUGCAUAUCAUUUUCAAUCUCUUUCUUCAGAUUGCGCUCGGGUCUAAAAUAGAGAUUUACGUCGGCUUACUUCGGUAUGCAUUCAUCUAUAUUGCAUCAGGUUUCUCAGGUUCGCUGUUGGGGUUGAAUUUUCUACCGGCAGGAAUGGCUUCAAGUGGGGCUUCAGGCGCUCUUUGUGGUUCCUGCAUAGCACUGAAUCUGUUACUUCUCAUUUACAACAACAACAUAAGUCAUUACGAUCCUCGUUUGAAAGGGCCAGGCAACAGGAGAAACUUCAAAGUGAUGUUAAUUGGUUCGUUCGUGGAGGUGCUGGUGCUAAUUGUUUUAGGGCUGCUUCCAGGAAUAGACAAUUUCGCACAUAUUGGUGGCUUCGUGAUCGGACUAGCGUUGGGAACGGUUAUUCUACCCAAUCCUCAUUUUGUCUAUGAGGAAGACAAAAGAACACGAAAACCAACCAUUUACUUCACUUGGAUCUUUGUCAGAAUAGUCUGCUUAGCACUUUCUAUUGCAUACUUUGUCCUUUUGGCCAAAAACUUUGCGGACAAAGGCGUAAUGGCGUCUGAGAGCUGCAAAUGGUGCAAAUACAUCAAUUGCUUGCCCGUGAACGGUUGGUGUGAACAAGGAGAAUUGAGCGUUAGUACUGAUUAA